AUGGCUCCAGUCGGAAGAAAAAAUUGCAUUAGAACUUUACCUUUGGAUAUACUAGGCAACCUUCCUGAUGAUGUUAUUGAUCAUAUUCUUAUACGGAUGCCUUUACAAGAUGCUGUUAGAACAAGCAUCUUAUCAAGGAAAUGGAGAUAUACUUGGUGUAGAAUUCCACAACUAACUCUUGAUCGAACCCUUUGGAAAAUGCACCAACCUGCUUACUUUGAGACUAUAAUCCGCCAUAUUUUGAACCAUCAUCGAGGACCUGUUAAACACUUUACCCUCUUAAUUCCGUAUUCGGAGCAAUUUUCUUAUUUUAUACAGUUGUUAGGGUUUCUCAUUGAAAAUGGUAUUGAACAUCUCAAUAUUAAAUUUUCGUAUAGGACGACACCAUACAAAUUGCCUGCUUUAUUUUUCAAAUGUGUGCUUUUGAGGCACCUAUCUCUUGAAGAUUGUUCAAUAAACCAUCCGACAGCCUACCCAGGAUUUGAUAGGUUACUUUGCCUUAAGCUAUACAUUGUUACAAUCAAGUACACAUUAUUUGGAACCUUAAUCUCUCAGUGCCCGUUGCUCGAGCAAUUGGUGCUUCUGCUCUUAGAUAAUCAGUCUGGUGUCAUUUUUAUUGAUGCCCCCAAAUUGAAGUCCCUUGACUUCACAGGCAGAGUAUGGGCUAUCAGUUUAAGAAAUGUUCCUCUUCUGGCACAAGUAUCGUUUGCUUUUAGGGGAGGCUUAGUCCUGGAAGCAAUACCUGACUAUACUAGAGUUCUUGAGUCUUUAUCUGCGGUGGAGCAUCUCCAUUUGGAUAACCAUAGCCUCAAGUUAAUGGCUGCAGGUGCAGGAGAUGUACCGACUAAUCUCCCCUUUCUUGUUGGCUGUGUCAAAAAUCUUUACCUUUCUGGUCUUUAUCUCGGUGAAUUGUAUUACGUUUCCUGUGCUUUGUCUUUGAUGAAAAGCUUCCCAUGUUUAGAACAUAUGGAAAUCAAGGUGGAAUCUUGUUGUGUACCUAUGGCACGUGAUAACAUUGAUUUGGAAGCAAGUUUUGUAGAAACAACAUUCAUCAACCUCAGAAAAAUUGUGAUUAGGAGGCUUCGAGGGAUAAGUCCUCACAUGCAACUGUUGAAACUUCUUGUGGCAAAGUCUCCGGCUCUUGCGAAAAUCACAAUCGAGGUGUUGACGAAUGUAGAUUAUAAAGUUCUCAGAUCAGCAAUUGAGAAUUUUGAAUUUAGGUGUACAUCACCUGUUGCUGAAUUUCAUAUUCCAAAAUAUUUUUACGAAUACCUUCCUGAAUCACAUAGCACAGCGGUUCUUCACUAUGAUGGCGAGCCUUGGUUUAUGGAAAUUAACAUAGGUAGCGGAGAUGGUCCAAAGACGGUUGGAAAUAUUUUGUGA